ACAACGAAACGAAAUCCCCGACCAUUGCCCGACACUUCGCCGAUUUCUUCACUUUCGGUAUCUUUUCUCUUUGCCUCCUCAUCCCGGGAACUUGCAAGACAUCGCAUCCAAUUGCCCAGCUGCCCAGAAAAACACAGAAUCAAUCUAUUUCUGCAGACAAACCCGCCUAUCCGCACCCGAUUCGAGCAAGGCGUUACGAAAUACCUUCCUCGACCUGACUAUCCUGCCCGCACCUGGUGGAUCCCAUUUGAUACAACUUUGCCCCCAAACCCAACCUUGGACGUGUCACAGUGGUACUUUUUCUCCGUCGCCAGGUUCCAUUCAAACUCGAUUGUUUGCUGUUUCCCGAGUUUCUUCUGCCACCUUUUCAGGCCUCAGACAGCCAGAAUUUCCGAACCACAAAAAAUACGCCCUCCGAUCGUCCGAGCCAAAACAACACUACCUCAGCCCUUUCAUCCAGGCUUCCACUACUCCUCCGUACCCAACCCCCCGUAUCCAAGCCGUUGCUCUGCCGUACAGUGUACCCUGCGCCCUGCAUCUGUACAUACCUACCUAGUGUCUGUAUUCUGCAGCCCGCCCGUCCGUUGCAACCACAUUAACCUUCCUGUACGUUUCUGCAACUCCCGGAGCGCCGCGCUGUGA